GGAUCCAAAGAUAACCUGGAAGAGGCAAACACAUCUCCGAGGUGGGAAACCAGUCAAAGCCAAGUGGUGCAUCAGCAGAUAAAAAGGGAACAGACGGGCAGUCGUGCGCCAUGCCUGCUUUAGAGCAGGAUUUGGAUUAAACAGCUUGUGAGAGGAAAGCAGGGAGGGAGGGAGCUGAGAGCUGACUUAAUUUUUUUUCUCCAGCAUCUAGAAGGGGGGUAGGCACCGAGAAUGAGUUCUUCUUGAAGCAACACGGAGCUGGUUGUCUGCUUUGCUGCACGAUGAUUUAGCCAGCGCGCGCAACUAAACGCUCCAACGCAUCCGUUUUUUACGACAGCAUCACCCAAGAAAAAGCUUCAGUUCGUGGCUGGUCGCGCGCCGAGCUCCCGUCUUCUGCAGGACAUGAAAGUGCAGCAAGGCUGCAACUCAUCAGACAUGGGGAUUCCGGUGAAAACCGAGGAAGAGCUGCGUGGAAAUACCGUAAUAACACCUGAGGAUGUGCUCGGGCUCCAGAAGAUCACCGAGAAUUACCUUUGCUCUCCAGAAGAAAAUGUUCACAUGAUCGACUUCACCAGAUUUAAAAUCCGUGACAUGGAAACGGGGACGGUCCUGUUUGAGAUCACCAAGCCUCCAACAGCAGGAUGCCUAAAGCAAUGUGACCCAAACACCGGGCGUUUUGUCCGAUACCAGUUCACACCAGCGUUCCUGCAGCUUCGACAGGUUGGAGCCACGGUGGAGUUCACAGUCGGAGACGCCCCCAUCAACAACUUCCGCAUGAUAGAGAGACACUACUUCCGAGACAAGUUGCUAAAGAGUUUUGACUUUGAGUUUGGCUUCUGCAUGCCCAGCAGCAAGAACACAUGCGAGCACAUUUAUGAGUUCCCCACCCUGUCUGAGGAAAUCAUGCGUGAGAUGAUACAACACCCCUACGAGACGCAAUCCGACAGCUUCUACUUUGUGGACAACAAGCUGGUGAUGCACAACAAAGCCGAUUAUUCCUACUCUGGAGGGCCGUAGGAACACCACUCCAGUUAGAUCCAAGACAUUUUCCUACGACUUCAGGACCAGAAACACAUGGACUGAUGGACACGUCGUGACUGGCAGUAGUUUAUCCCGUCUCCUGCUGCAGGAACAGUCACUUCUGCCAGUUUUAUCACCAGUUUGCACUAGUGAGCGUGUGGGCAGCCAAUACAUGCAGUGUCUGAACAAACUGUUGGUUUAUACGUCAGCUCCAUUUGGUCAUCAUUGUUUUAUUUCAUUUGAAGUCUGAAUUCAGACGUGUUUUAGAUUUUAUAGUUUGGAUAGAAAUCUGAUUACAUUUUUACUUAGAAGUGCACAUUUCUGAGCGAUCUCGUCUGACAUCCGAAGAAUGUGAACAUAGUGUCCGUGGGUGCAUUGUUUGUUUUCAUGUUUCCAUGUUCAUCAGGGGUGUUUUUGAACAAAUAGCCUUUUUGAAGCGUCAGAAAUAAAUGUUAGCCAAAGAUCAGGCGACUGUUUAAGGUUUCUGUCCAACUCAACACUGUGUAACCUACGAUUCUGAGAAAUGUUUUAAUGAUCAAAAUAUUAAAACAUGUAAACUUUUGUGAUAAAUUUCACUAAUGCAAUAAAAAUUGGGAUUUUU